UCGUAUUGAGAUCGUUGGAAACCGAACCGGUCUACUAUUCGGAAGCUCGUGGACGGUCAUUUAUCUCUCGUUUGAACCGUGCUCGACAGUGUGGAAGUGAAGUGAUUAGUACUUUAGAGUGAAACCAGUGUGAAAAGUGGUCGUGCAUAGAGGAGUGAAAUUUCUAAGAAGUGAAAUUCGCCUACCGAUCGAGAGGAUGAAAAGCUUUCCUCUUACCUCGCUAGUGCUUUUAGUAUCGAUACUCGCCUCUUCGAGAUGUUUCGACUUUCUCGACGGGGACCCAUUUAGACGAACGCAUUUUGACGAUGAUUUUGCGAAUUGGCGAAAAGAAAAGCUUAAAUCAUGGGAUCCAUUCAUCAGAGGAGAAGGAAGUGCAUUCGGAUUUGUAUGGCCGUUUAGUAACGUUCACGAUGAACCGAUUUCCAGGGAAGCGACGGACUUUCAGUACGAUCAGCAGGAAGCCGAUAAUAACCAGUCUGGGCUGCGUGUUGUUGGACUAGAACGGGAUCGGGAGUCGCUUGAAUCGGCCGAGCAACUUCCUGGGCCUAUGGCUAGCUCGCCAAAUGAUAAUCGUCAACCGUCGGGCAUACCGUACAAACCACAACAGCCGCCUAUGGACACGAGCUCACUGUUCCAGCACCACUUUAAUACCUUCUUCAACGCACCAGAAUCAAGCUUCCUCGAGGGUGGCUUCCCCGGCUUUGGCUUCUUCGACCUACAUCAAAGUAAACCAUGGUGGAAGGGUGAAAACGUGUGCGUGGAGCGUGAAGAGCAAGAAGAGGAAGUCGACGGUGACGAGAACCACGAGAUCGCCGUAGAUGGCGGCAACUUCCAAAGUUUCGGCGUUUUCAAUAUGAACUUUGAAUCGUGUGCCGAACAGCAGAACAAACACGUCUGUACCUCGGUUAAAAAUAAUAAUGGACGAAAGCGCACGGUUAAAGUCACACGUCAGUGUUGUCACGGUUAUGCUCGCCCGAGAAAUGGACCGCCAAAUGCACAGUGUGAAAAAAUAGACCUCUAUCCAAUGGCGGAAACUGUUGAAAGACUCGGUGCGAAGGAAUUUAUCGCCACGCUGAAAAAGAGCGGACUGGAAUCGAUUUUGCAGAAGGAUCUUACGCUUUUUGCCGUGCCGGAUAGUGCCUACAGUCGGUUCACUGAGCAGAUGUGGGAGAAUAACUUGGUUGCAUUUGAUUCGGCUAUGCGGUCAAAGCGUCAAGCAGAUCUUUCCGGAAUGACCGCCCGUGACUUGAUCUUGGCGCACACAGUUAACGGAUCCUACCAUAUUGAGGACGUCAGCAACGAGCAACUGUUGAAAACGGAAUUGGAUGACACGAAUAUCCGCGUCAACAUUUUCCCACGUGGGCCAUCGGAUAAAACCGCGAAUCAUCCGUAUCGCUACACCGCCAAUUGUGCUCCGCUUGUCAAGCUGAACCAUGUCGCCGAAAAGGGUAUUGUGCACGUCGUUGAUCGCGUUCUGCUGCCAGUCCGUAGCAACAUCAUGCAGAUCAUUCAAGCUCGCGAUGAUAUGACCGUUCUGAGAACCAUCCUGGAGAAAACCGGUCUUAACAAAAUGCUUGAGGAGGUGGGGGAUGAUAAGCACUUUACGGUGUUUGCUCCAAACGAUGAUGCUUUCUUGAAACUGGACAAAGACAUCCGCCGCAAGUUGAAGGCCGGCAGUGGAUGCGCUACAAAUAUUCUUAAGAAUCACAUUCUGGACAUAACAUUCUGUUCACUGGCUGCCAUUAACGGAGUAAAGACGACCACGUACAAUCUACUAGGCGAGAAGUUAGAAUUUGAAUAUGCUUCGAUGGCGAAGACCGAGGCGGACGAUAUGUCCAACAAGAAGGACCAACGUUUGAAGAUUAAUGGUGACACAAAUGUUCAGGAAAUGGAUCUAAUGGGUACGAACGGAGUUGUUCAUGUCAUCGAUACGGUUUUAUCCACCGAUAGUGGUAUGCCAAUUUCGAACACUCUCGCCAAUCGUAACCUGACCAUUUUCAAGCAACUGAUCGAUGAUGCCGGGCUAGAAGAUACAUUCGACAAUUUAUCAAAUAAGACGUUUUUCAUCCCGUCGGAUAAAGCUUUCGAACAAUCCGAAGCCGGACAGUACUGGAUCCAGCAGCUGAAGGAGCACCCUGAGACCCUGAAGGAUAAUGCCCGUUUGAAGGAAUUCUUGGAAUACCAUGUUGCAGAGCCGUUGAUUAAGACAUGUGAUCUCUCUGAAGAUAUGGUCAAAACUACAGCUGGUCAAAAUCUUCGUGUUAAUUUGUAUAAUACUAAUCCCGUUUUCACCAAUGUUAUGAACCGUGCCACUGUAAAUUGUGCUCGUUUGAUGCACUUUGACGACGAAACCUGCGGAUCAGUCGUACAUGAGGUCGACAAAGUUCUGGAGGCUCCUAAAUCGGAUCUUAUGGGUGUGCUUAAGACCAAUACCGACUACAGCAUGUUCUUACAAUUGGUUGAAAAGGCGAAUCUCACCGAUCUGCUCAGCACAGCAAACGAGAAUUUAACCGUUUUGGUCCCAAAGAACGACGUGUUCCUUGAAGUCAAGGAAUGGUUCGAUGAAACAAUGGAAAAUAUGGAAGAUCUCGACAACGUCAUUCGCUCACAUAUUGUCCCCAACGUCGUGUGCUGCGCUGGAAUCGUUCAGUCGGAUUGGCCAUUUAUUCGCACUACGGAAACGAUCAAUCAUCAGCGUCUGAAGCUGAACCGCAACCGUCGCCCACAGGUGCAAAAUGCCGGCAUAACGAAGUGUGAUAUUGUUGCCACGAAUGGAAUUAUUCAUGAGAUCAACGAUGUUAUUAGCGUCCAGAAGAAGCAACACAUUGAGGCUCAGGGCUUCCCCAGCUUCACUCGUCCACUGACAUUCUGGUUCAAGUGAGGAGACGACAUCUCGCAAAAUGCACUGAGUUUAUCUGAUUAAGUUUAAUUUUAUGUCUUGAUAUUCUCGAAAACUGAUCAUCUGCUUGUUAAUUAUUUCAACAAGUGUUCGAGACUGUAUAAGAAAAUAAACACUGUAGGUUCAUCUAAGAUCAAAUAAAGUAUCUAUUUAUGUCUUAAUUAAA